AAUCACAAACCGUUUCGCUGAAUGGUGCUGAAUGAGAAUCUGAGUUUGGCAGAAAAGAAAGUAAACGAACUUCUUUAAAAGUGAUGGCAACCUACAUUAUUGCAGGACCAGCUCCUUCCAAGGAAAUUGGCCCAAAGAAAAAAAUGACUUUUCCUUGGAAUCACAAACUUGUGGUCAAAGAAGACAGAGCAAGAAGGGUCACUCCAUCGGUGUAUACCCAAGAGAUGUUGCAAACCACAGAGGAGCGCCUGGCCAGUACUCAGGAGAUGCAGCCGCCCCGAAUCCUGGAGCUGCUGGACAUGGGCGAUCAUGAAUUAUCCUCGGUGGACUUGGAGCGGGCUCUUUUCCAGCCAUACCCAUCUGAAGUGGUCUUCCAGAACUUUGCCCCAACGCAGACCUACAAGCUGCCCCUACUCCUCCGCAACAUUGACAAGGCCUCACGCCACGUGAAGCUGCUGAUGGAGGCCUCCCAGUGUUUCUCUGUGGUCAGCCCAGAAGAGGGCUGCUCCAAGGUGGCCCCAGGGAUGACUACUGCCUUCAGUGUUCGCUUCACACCACAAGAGAACAAGGACUACCACCUCAAGCUGGUGUUUGUGACAGACAGAGAGACGUUUGAGGUCCCCGUUCGGGCCAUCGGGCCCCGGGCCAUCCUGGACUUCCGGGAUGAACUGCAGAUGCCCGUCUGCCUAGUGAAGGGCUCCACACAAAAGACCCAGCUGGUCCGUAACAUAGGAAACGCUGAGGCCAAGUUCCACCUGCACACACACAGCCCCUUCUCAGUGGAGCCGUCUGUUGGGACUCUGGGUCCCGGGGAGAGCGUGCAGGUGACUGUCGACUUCUCCCCCAGCACCACGGGAAACCACAGAGAGGACCUGCUGCUGCACUACCAUACUGGUGAGGAGGUCUCCAUCGGCCUGCACGGCGUGUCAGAGGAGUUGGACGUGUGUCUGAAGCCUGACUCGGUGGUGCUGGAGAACACCUUCAUCUCCCUGUGCAGUGUGCGCACCGUCUCCCUGGCUAACCCGGGCAAUGCCCCUCUGCGCUUCUGCUGGAAGAGUUGGCCCAGCCAGCACGACGAGGACGUGGACACCAUGAGAGAGUGCUCCGAGCUGUGGCAACAGGAAGAGAUGGAGAUGCAGCGCUUCCUGUUGGAGUGCGAGUCCAACCCAGUGGAGAUCCACCGUCUGCCCAUACUGUCCCGCUCGUACCGGGACCGCCCCGCCGCCAAGGACCCCCUCGCCACCUCUUCACCAGGCUGCAUAGCCAUCGAACCUGUGGAGGGAGAGAUCUAUCCCAACACGACGGUUCAGUUCACCAUCGUCUUCAAGCCUCUGGAGGCUACAGUCCACCAUCACACGCUUUACUGUGACGUGACAGGCCAAAGAUCCCGCUUACCCCUGACCAUCCGAGGAGAGGGCAUGGGGCCCAAGCUGCGCUUCAGCUACAACGUGAUGGACAUGGAGAACGUGGUCAUCGGGGACAUGGACCACUAUGAGGUGCUGGUGUCAAACAAAGGGCUGAUCGAUGCCCCCUUCAAGCUGUGCUGCCCAGACACCACCUUCGGGAGCUGCUUCUCCAUCAGCCCUGAGGAGGGGGUUCUCGCGCCGGGGGCCAGCCAGGUGCUGCAGGUCAGCUUCUCCAGCCGCACCCUUGGAGCCUUCUGCGAGGACCUGAUGCUCAGGGUCGAAGGACAGCCUCAGCCCCCGAGCUUGACCUUCAGAGGUCGUGUGAUUGGCCCCACCUUCCACUUCGACGUCACUGAGCUCAACUUGGGAGAUGUGGCCUUUGGCUUCCCUCAGACGUUGAGCUGCACCCUCUUCAACACCUCCCUGGUUCCCCUGACGUAUGCCCUGCGUGUCCUGGGGGACGGCGCGGGCCCCCCCAGCGGGACCAGCAGCCAGCAGGUGACCCAGCUGACCAGGGUCCACUGGCGUAGCGUUGCGGCCCUGGAUCCCCACGCACGGCCGACCGAGUUCAGCCUCAGGCCGGCCGCGGGCACCAUCCGGGCCAUGUCGGACGUGUUUGUUGAGGUGACACUGUGCUCAAACACUGUGAAGAGGUACCAGGUAGCACUGGUGGUCGAUGUUGAGGGAGUAGGAGAGGAGAUCAUGACUAUUCCCAUUACUGCCAGAUGCUUGGUACCAGAGGUGAUGGUGGAGACCCCGCUCUUGGACUUUGACCAGUGUUUCCUGGGCCAUCCAUACACACACCACGCACGGCUGGCAAACACCAGCCACCUGCCUGCCUGUUACGGGCUGCUGGACCAGGAACACAAGGAGAGUCCAUCCAUGCUGUGGGGCAGUUCUGUUCCCAGGGGCCUCAUCCCUGCUGGAACCUCAGUGGAGGUGCCCCUGUUCCUGUUGGCCAAGGCCAUUGGCAGGCAGCACGGCACUGCACGCAUAGCUGUGUGGGGCAGUAAUCAUCGGUCCCUGGAGGUGCGCUUAACAUGUGUGGGCAAGGGUCCAGCCGUGCACACUCAGCCUCCGAAGGUGGACUUUGGCGAAGUCCAGGUUUUAACGGACGUAACCAGAAAACUGCAGCUGAUAAACCAGUCGCCAAUCCCAGCUCACUUCUCUGCACAUAUGGUGGGGGACGUGUCCCCGUGGCGCGUGGAGCCCCGGGAGGGAGAGCUGGCCCCCGAAGGCCAGCUGGAGCUCAGGGUGGUGGUACACCUAAGGGACACGCUUCCCUUCCAGGGAAGGCUGCAGGUGUGCAUCCAAGACAGCCAGACCUACGACAUCCCUCUGUCCUGCACGGGCGUGGGCUCCACCAUCGUCAGCGACCGGCCCCUAUACCCCAGGCUUGAUCUUGGAACUCACUUCAGUCAAGGGGUCUGCGAGUAUCCCUUCAGGCUGACCAACCGUGGCCAGCGGCUGCAUCGGAUGCACUGGGCUUCCCCGCUCUUCCCUCCUCGUGCCUACAAAAGAACGGCCAGGGACGAAAACGCCCUGCCACCCAUCACCACCGGCAAGACAGGCAGCGGGGCUCGCCUCUCUUCCCCCAAGGAGAAGCCUGUGUUCAGCCUCAGCCCCUCCCGCCUGGAGCUCUUCCCAGGCCAAUCCGCUGACGUGGUUCUGACCGGAUCGUCUGACACCCCUAGGACGGUGUGUGAGCGCCUGGCAUGUUUCGCCAUGCUGGGUCGGGAGGUCUGCUACGAGCGCAUCAUGACUGUAGACAUCACAUGCUGCUUCGUGGCCCCUAUACUCUGCUUCUCCUCCAAGCAGCUCACCUUUCAUUCCAAGAAGGAGUCAGGGCAGAGCCUCGUAGCACUAUACAAGAGGCUUGUGCUGAAGAAUAUCUCCCCUCUGGCCCUCUCCCUGGAGCUCUGUCUUCCGGAGCCCUUCUCUCUGUGUGACGGCCAGGGAGACCUCACUGUUGCUACCAACAAGGCCAUGCUGUUGGAUAGUGGUGCGGAGAGGGAUGUGUGGGUCUGCUUCAACCCAGUGCUCCACUGCCAGGACAGACAGUCCCAAGUACACGACGAGUUCCUCCUGGUGCUCUACCGGGACCACCCCCAGCGGGACAUGGUGGCGCUGCAGGCCGAGGUCCACUUCCCCAACCUCAGCCUCUCCGCCUCCAGCCUGGACUUUGGCUGUGUGCUGAACCAGACCCACAGCCAGCGACAGCUCACCGUCACCAACUGCUCCUCCCUGGCCGUGAGCUACUGCUGGAGGUUCCUGGAGGAGCACAGCCCCCCAGCUAUAAGCAGUGAAGGGGAUAGGAGCUGCCAUCUUGGUGUAAAAGAGGUGUUCAAUGUGACCCCUCUCACCGGGAAACUGGCCCCGGCGGAGAGCCAGCAGGUGUCCAUCACCUUCCAUGGCCGCGCCUUCGUCAGGUGCCAGGUGGUGGUGCAGUGUUGGGUGGAGGAGGGGCCCGUGUACAGCGUGACCCUCCAAGGAGAAGCCUCGGAUAUCUGCUACAACUUGAGCUCCACCCACCUGGACUUAGGCCUGCAGCUGUUCCAGCAGGUGGCCGAGACCCAGGUGCUCCUGGCCAACAGCGGCCAGGUGGGCUUUGAGUUCACCGUGCUGCUGGAUCAUCAGGGGGCGGAGCCCAGGAGGAGGGAGGUGUUGCCCGGCCAGCCCCUGGUGUUCCCUACUAAAGGCUACGUGGAGGCCGGAACGGAGUGGCGUCUGUGUGUGCUCUACCUACCGGGGGUCCCUGAUGUGUUCCAGAAGAGCUUCCAGCUUCAGGUGGACCACCUGCCCCCAGAGACCAUCACCCUGAGCGGGGAGGGGGUCUUCCCCAGGAUCAGCCUGGAUCUCCCCCGGCACUUAUCCGAGGAGAGCUGUGGCCAGGUGAUGCAGGAGGCCAGAGAGGCUGUAGGAGUGGCGAACUCAACCCCACUCACCCCUACCCACGCUGGGGCAGGGAGUCAAGACAACCAGCACUGCGCCCACGCUUGUGAGGAGCUGGUGAGCAUGGAGCUGGAGAGGAGGCUGCUCAGGGACAACGCGCUGGCUGUGGCCAGCGGCCUGAUGGCCCUCCACCGCCAUGGAUGCUCUGCCGACGAGUGGCACCGGCUCAGCAGGUUCCUGAUAGCAGAGUAUGUGCUGGACCUUGGCUUCGUGGUCCAUGGUCAGAUUUUGAGCCGGGACGUGAGGAUCACCAACACCGGGCCGGUGUCUGUGUCCUUUUCGGCCAACCACAAGCCUCUUGUGGGAACAGGUUUCAGUGCUGAGUUUGAGAAGGUGAAGAACUUCCGAUGCAGUGAGACACAGACAUUUACGGUGACCUUUGACCCCCAGAGGUCAAAAAUGGGAGAAAUCCGUGUCACCAUGCCAAUAAAGGUGGUAGGCGGGCCGUCGGUGCAGGUGCAGCUUUGUGCUGUGGUGUGCACGCCGGCCCUCACUGUGUCCAAUGAAGAGCUGCUCUUCGACUGCGUGCAGUGUGGCAUGUGUCAGGUGAUCACCAUACAGCUGUUCAACCAUGAGAAUGUACCGUGCAGCUGGAGCAUGGCCGAGGCAGCCAGGCCUCGCAAGAAGAUCGACAAGUUCAUGCCACUCCACCUGCGUAGGAAGGCCCUGCAGGAGCAGAGUCCUCCUCCACCAGCGGUGUUUGAGGUGGAGCCCUCCUCUGGCCUGCUCCACCCUGGAACCUGGCUCAACCUCCAGGUCAGGUUCAUCCCAGCCCAGGAGUGCGAGUACCGCCGACAGCUCGUAUUAAGCGUGUCCGGCAGCACGCAGCGGCAGGUGGUGUGGGCCCAGGGACAGGGCCAGGAGCCCCGGCUGGCGUUCAGCCCCUCGGCCCUGCAGCUGGGGCCCUGCAUGCCCUGCGGGGCUGGGGCCAUGGCCGAGGUCAGGGUGAGAAACCCCUGCUCCUUCCCCCUGGAGUUCUACUCCCUGGAGCUGGACCCGCAGUACCGUAAGGAGGACCAGAUCCUGCGUCUGAUGUGGGAAGGAUAUGGCGAUGGCCGGUCGAUGCUGCUGCCUCCCCGCUGGGCUGGAGAAGCCCUGCCCCAGGAGCUGCAGGAUCACUACGCCGAGCUCUGCUCCUCCCCCACCCCACUCCCCGACGAGGUGGUCAGAGAAGGAAGCGAGAGGAGUCAGGGGGUGCCGGAGAUGUCUCCUCUCUCCAGGGCGAUUGCCCGCCAUGUGGGCGUUGACCUGUCCCCCGAGGCCGUGGCUGCGCGAAACCGACGGGGCAUAGCCGUCAUCGUCCACGGUGCGCCGCAGACAGGUAAGAGCAGUGUGGCCGCCUCCCUGGCCCGUCACUACGGAGGGGCGUGUCUCACGCUGGAGGGCGUGGUCACUGAGGCGCUGACCACAGGCUCCUCCCCCGCCAGCCUGGCCGCGCGGCAGCUCUACAACCAAGCCGCCGCCAUGCAUGCCCAGAAGAGGGGAGAGGAGGCCGGCCAGGCUGGUCAGGUUCCCCCCGGAGAAGCUCCCAGUGCUCCCACUGCGGAAGCUGGUGGUCUCAGUGUAGAGUCUGUGGCCCAACACAACGAGGGUCUCAGCCCCAGUUGGGACUCUGCAGCCCCCAAGAGGACCCAAGGCUCCCUGGACACCAACUCUGUUUCCAAGGCUGGGGGCAGCCAGGUCGCUGAGGUGAUAAGCCAGGUGGGAGAUGUGGACACGCUGAGGGCUCUUCUCCCCCAUCAGCUGCUGGUUGAUCUCCUGGCAGAGAGACUACAGCUGAGAGACUGCUAUCGAGGGGUGGUGAUUGACGGCCUGGAGUGUGUCUACACCCCGUCAGUGGCCAGCGCUCUGCAGGUGGCCCUGGCCUCCAUCAACAACCGGCAGCACAUCUACCUGGUCGACCUGUGUGACUCCGCCAGUCCGGCCCAGGUGCUCUCCACAGAGGCCCUUCUGAAGGAGCUCCCGGUGGCGGAGCGGUCGGCUCCGCAGGGCGAGGCCAGGGAGGAGUGCAGCUCUCUGCUGGAGGAGGAGACGGAGCAGGAGGGAGCCAAAAGGAUUCGCCAGCGCAAGCAGAGGGAGCGGGAGCAGCAGGAGCAGCAGGAGCAGGAGGUGAAGAGGCAGCAGGAGGAGACGGAGAGGUUGAGAGAGGAGGAGGAGCUGGAGAAAAAGAAGAAGAAGGCAGGCAAGAAGGAGGUGUCCGGGAAGAAGAGUCAGCUGGGAAGGAAGUCCACCCCGUCUCUGGACAACAACAUACAGUCCAUUUGCAGCAACUGUAAAGACACACCAACAGAGGCCCGUGAGCCAGGGCCUUUCGUCCCAGGGUCUGGGGUCGAGGCAGAGCAACGAGUGCCCAGUAAGACUGAGCUCCAGCUGCUGUCCCGGCUCCACUCCUACCAGCAGAGCCGGCUCCAAGUCAGCCACGUCCUCCAGCACUGGGACCGCCUCCUGGGGCUGCUCCAGGUCCCGCUCUGCUGCGCUGAGGCCCCAGCAGAACCGGAGGAGACCCCCCCCGACAAACAGCCCCCCACAGAGAGGAAGACCAGGAGGGAGCGAGAGAAGGAGAAGGGGGAUAAGGAGCGAGGGAGGCUGGAGAAGGAGCGCCAGAUGGCCGACGCCCAGCCGUCGGCCCCGGGGCCCGGCCAGGCGGUCGAGGAGCCCCGCUCAAUCAUCGCCGUCCCUCACCUCACGCUGAGUGCGGGCGGGGGCCCUUCUGGCCCCCAGGAGCUGGUGAACAGCGGCGCACUGCCUCCGGUGGGGGAGGUGCUGGACGGGAUGGGCCUGGGCCCCAGUGGCCCCCCGAUCCCUCCCCCCGUCACCUACUCUGUGGUGUCCCUCCCCAGCGGGAGCCCAGAGGGCGAGGGCUUUAUGCUCUCCGACUGCUUCUCCCUCCUGGACCCUUCGUACCCCGGCGAUUUUGUCGCAAAGGACAAUGAAGAAGAUGCCGUUGAGUCACUGCCCCCGAAGGAAGAAGUGAUAGCACCCGUGAAAGGGCGUGGCAGGAAGGCAGGCCCCUUGACGAAGGAGAAGGAGAAGGAGAAGGAGAGGAAGGACAGUGAGAGCCAGCAGGAGCAGAGGAGGAGGUCGGCGACUAAAAGAGGGGCGAAGGGCUCGGACACGUCCCGCUCCCCGCCGCACCCCUCUGUCACGCCCUCUGACCUCAGCGGGGCGGGGCAGCCCAGCUCAGAGCCGCCGCUGGAGCCCAGACCCAAGUCCACUACAUUCCGUUGGGUGGUACCAGCUCAUGGUGAGGUGGUGCUGAGGCUGGGCUUCCAGUCCGAGGUGCCGGGGACCUUUGAGCAGACCAUGCACUUUGAACUGCUGGGCACCCGGCAACGCUACCCCCUCCCUUGCAGAGGGACCUGCAGCUACCCCUCCAUCUCCCAAGAGCCAGGAACCAUCUUUGCCCUGACGAAGCAGACCCCCCGGGAAAAGGAGGGCCUGCAGAAGACAUACGUGCUCAAAUCGGGCUUCUAUGAGUUUGGACCGCUGCUCUGUGGCAAAACCAGAGACCUAUACAAAGAGAGGAAAUACCCAGAGAACACAGAGAGGCUGGUGAUCCAAAACACAAAUGAUCUAGAGGCGGAGGUCCACUUCUGCUUCCAACACGACACCAAGGCCACCACCUUCAUACUGGACCCCCCAGUCAUGAUGCUCCAGCCCAACCAGGCGCAGGAGCUGUCCAUCUGGGCCUACCCCAUCAGUGUGGGUCGCUUCGAGGACAGCGUGGUGUGCUGCGUCAAGGACAACCCUGAGCCCGUCCUCAUCGCCAUCUCCUGCUGGGGGGCCCGUCCCGAACUGGAGCUGGACCGCAAACACCUCAACUUUGACAGGAUCCUGCUCCACAGGGAGGACAGCCGUAGUGUGACGCUGACCAACAACAUGGCACUGCCCGCCGCCUGGAGGCUGAAGGGCCUGGAUGACCUGGGGGAGGAGUUCAGCGUGUCCCAGGUGGAGGGCGUGAUCCCUGCCCGGGACUCCUUCUGCCUGCAGGUCCGCUUCAAGGCCAUCAAGCCCCUUCACUUCAGGAAGACUCUGCGCCUGGAGGUGUCCGAUGUGGACAACAUCUUAGGAGUGGCACAAACCGAGCACCUGCACAUCGGCACCGAGGCAUACGACGUUCACCUGGACAUUAUCACUCCUAACGGGAAUGACGGCUGUCUGGACUUUGGAGCCGUCAGGGUGUUUAAGGAGGUGAACCGGUGCAUCACCUUGAAGAAUAAGGGGAAGUACGAGCUGGCCUACAAGUUCACACUGGAGCGCACGGACCCCUCCCAGCCCGACCCGUCGACUGUGUUCAGCGUGUCCCCAGCGCAGGGCAGCCUGCUGCCCACCGAGAGGCCCACCGCAGUGCACAUCCUCUUCAACCACGACAAGGAAGUGUGCAUCGAGGAAGAGCCUCUCCUGCAAUGCCAGGUUAUUGAGCCUUCUACCGGUAUAGGCGGCGAAGUCAUAGCAAUCAUUCCCAUCAAAGUGUCGAUCCGGGCGUCUUUUAGCAGGUACAAAGUCACGCCUGCCAGUGAAAUCAACUUUGGCCCGCUGGUCUUCGGCAGCAGAAGCAGCCAAAGCUUCACCAUCGAGAACACUGGGGAGUUUGAGGCCCGCUUCACCAUCGGCCGCAUGAGCAACGGCCUGCAGCCCGUCCCACCAGGAAGGGCUCUGGUCAGGGCUCUGGUCAGGGCUCUGGUCAGGGCUCUGGUCAGGGCUCUGAUCAUGGCUCUGGUCAGGGCUCUGGUCAGGGCUCUGGUCAGGGCUCUGAUCAGGGCUCUGUUCAGGGCUCUGGUCAGGGCUCUGGUCAGGGCUCUGGUCAGGGCUCUGAUCAUGGCUCUGGUCAGGGCUCUGAUCAUGGCUCUGGUCAGGGCUCUGGUCAGGGCUCUGAUCAGGGCUCUGACUGAGGCUCCAGGCGUCAGGACCUCUUGGGAGAGCCAGCUAGCGAAGCCCCAGGCUCCUCCCAGAAAAGUGAAGCGCUCCGACUCCGUUGUGCGUGAUGUGGGCGUUAUGCAGAGCCGCUGGACCUUUGGGCUGUUCACCGUGUGCCCCUGUGCCGGGCUCCUUCAGCCCGGGGGGCAGCAGCAGGUGUUGGUGGACUGCGGGGCGGACCAGCUGGGUACCUGGUCCGAGCAUAUGGCCAUAGACUUCAGCGACCGGGACCCCUCGGGCCAUCCCGAGGGCACCCCCUUCAGGCUGGCGGUGGAUGUGGCUGUGCCAGGACUCGGGCAGGACAUGAGCUCCAUCUUCGAGGAGCACCGGCUGUGUCCCAGUGCCGGCCAGCUGCGGUCGGAGCCGUUCGCCAGCACGCCGGGCGUGUACGUGGUGGAGGACAACACGUUCGUCUUCCACAACGUGCUGGCGGCCGGCGGCGGCGCCCGGGCCCGCUUCAGGCUCACCAACACCGGCCUGGUGCCCUGCCAGCUGCUGCUGGCCAUCAAACAGGGCGCCACCAAGGUGUUUGACGUAUCUCCUAUGAGACUGUACGUCCCCAGCCAGUCGCACUGCUUUGCAGAGGUCUCCUUCGACCCUCAGACCAUCCGGCAGCAUAGGGCUGUGUUCGAGGCUGUGCUGGAGGGAGGCAUCAGUAUGAUUUCGAUGGUGAAGAGCAAACUUCUGCAGUUCAACCUGUUAGGAGAGGGCAACCUGCCCAGUGUGUUUGUGACCCGGCCGGCCCUGCGGGACAGCCAGGGAAACCCUGUUCUACAGUUCGGCCGGCUGUUGGCCGGUCGGCAGCACGCGCUCCCCUUGGUGCUCAGGAACGAUGGCAUCAUGGGGGCUCAGGUCCACAUCGACAUGCUGGAUAAACAAAGAGUGUUCACCAUCCAGCCUGCUCCUGACAACACCAUCAGCAGUAUCACAUGCUCACCACUAGAGAGCACUGCUGACUCAGAGCCCCCGCUCUGCCACAGGGCCUCCCUCAGGCUGGCCCCGGGCCAGUCGGCAGGGUUUGAGGUCGGCUUUCACCCGGAGCAGCCGCUCAGCGCCAGGGCCAGCAUAGAGGUGCUGGUCCAGGACAACCAGUACAACCGCAUCAUGGUGAACCUGACCGGAGAGGCCUACCGAGACAUCAUCACCCUGGACAACCUGCGCAGGACGGCCCCGGAGGACGAGGACCUGGAGGAGGGCGAGUACGAGGCACUUGACCUGGGGCACUGCCAGGUGGGCCGUCCCUACAGAGAGCACUUCACCAUGACCAAUCACAGCACCAGCACGGCCCUGAGGUUCGAGUGGCCCGCCCCCACGCCCCACAUCACCUUCUCUCCACAGGCAGGCCACCUCCACGCCGGCUGCUCUAAGGAGGUCAGCCUGGCCUUCUGCUCCCCUCUGCCGGUGACCCUGGCAGCCCAGGGCUCGGUAGCGAGGCUGUGCUCGGUGGAGUUUGACCGGCCCACAGAGGAGGUGGUCGACUGGGAUGACCGGCAACGCACGGCCCAUCUGCCCCUGGUUCCCUCUGGUGGUCCCCAGCAACCCGCCAACAACCAGUCGGAGCCUGAGCCCCCCUGCUCUGUGGUGGAGGGCUCCCAGAGGGAGCUGGAGCUGAGGGUGAGCGCCGUGUGUGACUACGCCCUGUUCCUCUGCGACGGGGAAGCGGUCCGCUUCAAAGACACCAUGCUCUACCAGACCAGGGUCUCCCAACUGACGAUCAGGAACCAGGGGGUGGUCCAGCUGGAGUAUUCAUGGAAGGUCGUCAUGGACCCAUACGACAGCGCUGAAAGAGCCGCUGUGAGUCCCAGCUCCCGGCCUGGGAGCCCCGGGGGGGCGGCACCUUCCACAGCCCGGCCCUCCAGCGCCCUGGCCGGCUUCACGUGUCUCCUGGGGGACCCGAAGCUCCCCCCCUUCACCGUGGAGCCCCACGUGGGGAGUGUGGGCCCCGGGGCCUCCCAGACCUUCAGCGUCCACUUCUGCCCUCUGGCGGUGGCCAGCUACUCAGGCAGGCUGGUCUGCAGCAUCCCCAACCUGCAGGAGGGGGUCCUUGCCCCCAACUUGCUGGUGUUGGGCCGCUGCCUGCUGCCCCACGUCCACUUCCAGCUCGUUAAAUCAGAUUACAUCAGUGGGCAGCACGCCCCCUGGGACCCCCACACCAGGGUCGUAGAGUUCCACUCCGUCGGCCUGUCCGUGUCCACCACCAGGAAAUUUGCGGUGGUGAAUCCCACCAGUCAGCCCUACUCCUUCCAGUGGGUGUGUAAAGACACGGAGCCAUGCCCCUUCCGCUGUCUGACCCCCAGUGGCAGCAUCCCGCCUGGGAAGAGAGUAGAGGUGUGUUGGGAGUACGUGUCGGAGCAGCUCGGCCUGGUGGAGUCAUGGUGGGAUUUCCUGGUGGAGGCGUUGGGCCUCUCCGUUCCCCUCCUGCUGGCGGGCUCCACCAGGGAACCACAGGUGUACCUGGACACAGCCCACCUGGACCUGGGGGACAUCCUCGUAGGGCGGCGGAUUGAAAACACCGUGCAUCUGGUGAACUUUGAGGAGUGCGUGCUCCACUUCUCUGUGCUGCAGUCGUCCCUCAACUCCGAAGACCACCUGCACAGUCUCACCGUGCAGCCCACCACUGGCACCGUGGGGCCCGGGGACAGACUGCCGCUGUCAUUGUGUGUGGUGGCCGCAGGGGAGGGCUGCUUGAGGUUCAGACCCGUGCUGAGGGUGAGGGGCAAGACGCAGCCGCUGACCCUCAGCGUCAAGGCCGACGGCUACGCCAUGGGCGCCCGGCUGAAGCUCCGGAGCCCGGCAGGGAAGGAGAGGGAGGUCCAAGCAGGGGAGCAACCCCACCUGCUCCACUUUGGAGAGGUGGACCUGAGGGACACAUCUAGCUUCACCUUCCUGCUGUACAACAUUGGGAGGUUUAGUAUGUGUGUGACCUUUGAACUGGAAGGUCCCCCAGAGCUGCUGCAGCACUUGGAGGCGAAGCCCGGUCAGGAGGCCGUCGUGGAGGUCAGCCAACAGCUGAAUGCCACGCUCUGCUUCCGUCCACAGAGAAAAUGCUCCCUCCAAGGAGUCCGGCUCCACGCCAAGGUGAGGCACGGCCCGACGUUCACCUUUGCGGUGAGUGGCAGUGGCGCGCCCUCCAGCCUCCACUUCUCAUUCACCCAACACAACUUUGGCAAAUGCUUCGUCCACGCGGCGGGCAUUGCGCCGGCCUGCCAGACCCUUCUCAUCAGCAACACCAAAAACAGGCCUAUCAGUGUCCAGUGCCUGUUCGCCAAUACCCCCCACCUGGAGCUGGGCUUCAAAGCAGAGACGCUUCCGUCGGGGGGCACUGCCGAGGCGAGGCUCACCUUCCUCCCACGAGAGGCGCGGCGCUACCAGGACAAGCUCACCUUCGUGGUGGGCCAGGGUACCAAACAAGUGGUGGAGAUCCGGGGCCAGGGCAUGGAGGUCAAGCUGGAGGUGGAGGACCCCAGCCAGGAGAAGGUGGACCUGGGGUCGGUGCCGCCGGGCCAACGGGUGAAGAGGCAGGUUUGGGUGGUCAACCGCACCCCCUCCGACCUCACCUUCUCCAUGCAGUUCAACACACAGCCCCCGCUGGACCCCAGGGUGCUGUCCGUGUCCCCUGCGGGUGAGGUCACCCUCAAGGCUCUGGUUGGCCGCUGUGUGGUGGAGCUCCUCUGGGCGCCCCGCAAGCGGGCGGCCCCCUUCACGGCCCAGCUGCGGGCAGAGUGCAUGGGCACGCAGCACACCCUGCUGAUCGCGAGGGGCCGCUGCCAGUGUGUGGAGGUGCGGCUGGACCCAGACUACCUGGCCUUCGGGGCGGUGAUGCAGCGCUGCAUGUUGGCCAAGAGGCUGGUCCUGAGAAACCACGGAGACAUCGGGGCGGGGUUCAGAUGGGAGACAGAGCGCUUUUCUCCAGAGCUUUCCAUCAAGCCAGAUGCAGGCUACAUCAGCCCAGGCUCAGAGCUCCCCUUUGACCUUACCUUUGCCCCCGUGGAGCUCAGCAACCCCAAGACAUACGCACAUCUGACGUGCUCCAUAGAGGGCUCUCCUGCUCCAGUGACCCUCACCGUCGCUGGCGCCUGUAUUCCCCCCGCCGUCGCCAAAGAGGUGUUGUCCUUCUGCUGCCCGGUCCGCGGCUCCCGCACCCAGAGCCUGUUGGUGUCCAACCCCAGCGCCCAGCGCUGGAGCCUGCAGCCCAGCGUGGAGGGCGAGCACUGGAGCGCCGCGCCCGUCCUCCUCCUGGAGCCGCUGGAGAUCAAGAGCUACCCCAUCACCUACGCCCCGCGGACCAUGGCCGCCCCGGGCACCAAGCAUGUGGGUUCUGUGUUCAUUUGUUUCCCUGAUGGAUCUGGGCAGCUCUACUCUCUGCAAGGAUCCGCCGAGCCACCUAAACCCGAGGCCACCAUCAGCCGCGAGCUGCUUGCCAAGACCCGGCACACGGAGCUGCUGCCCGUGCACAACUGGCUCAGCAAGCUGCAGAGGUUCAAGGUGGUGAUAGAGAUUCUGAAGCCGGACAAGCCCGAUGCGACAGUGUCUCUGAGGGGCCUGGACUACGUGGACGUGGCUCCUCUGGCCACCAGGGACUACAAGUUAUUGUUCUACUCCUGCAAGGAGGGCCUGGUGCAGACCAAGGUGACGUUCCUCAGCGAGCCCUCGGGCGAGUACCUCUUCUACGUGCUGAGCUUCAGGGCGCCGCGCACCGCGCCGGCGGGGGCGGUGGAGCUCAGCGCCACCGUGCGGCAGACGGCCUCGUCCAGCGUGCGGCUGGAGAACCCCCUGGCCGUGUCCGUCACCCUCAACGCCGAGUGCUCGUGUCCCAACAUCAGCGUGCCCCUGCAGCACACGCUGCCCGGCCUGUCCCAGGGGGAGGUGGUCUUUGAGUUCCAGCCCCUCUUUGCGGGCGUGUCCACAGCGGCGCUCAGCCUCUCCUGCAUUGAGCUGGGCUCCUUCCGCUACGAGCUGGUCCUCAGGGCCCUGGCCGCGCCGCCGGAGCCCCCGAUCCUCUUCCAGGUCCCGCUGGGCGGCCACAACAUGGGCCACGCCAAGUUCACCAACUACUCCCGCAGCAAGGCGGAGUACACCUGCAAGACGGACAAUGAUGACUUCCUGGUGGAGAAGGGCCUGGUCACGCCGCCGGGUUCCCAGGCGGGCUCUGAGGUCCGUGUGGAGCUCUGCUUUGAGCCCCAUCAGCUGGGCGAGGCCAGGGCCCUGCUGAGCGUGUCCUCCCUGCUAGGGGGCGAGUACGUCUUCCCCCUCAGGGGCAUCUGCGUGGGCCCGAGGCCCCAGGGCCCGUUCAGCAUCCGGGCCGGUUCAAGCGUCACCAUCCCCUUCAAGAACGUCUUCCUGCAUCACAGCGCCUUCUCCUACCAGGUAGACAAUCCGUGCUUCACGGUGAAAGGGGCUGAAACCAUCCGGUCUAAAAAGAGCCAGAACAUCCUGGUGACGUUCGAGGCCCCGGCGGCCGGGCCCCAGGGCCGCUGGCAGGGGAAGCUCAACAUCUGCAGCGAUCCCUCUGAGGGCCAGGGGCCACCCCACUGCUGGGUCUUCUACCUGAGGGGCCACGACCCCGAGGCCACGUAGACGCAGGCACAACGCACGCACACAGCA